AAAAAGAUUGUUCGAUUGUCAUGUUGCUGGACAGAAUAGCUCAUACUAAAAGGGAUAUUCCACUGCCCCAUGUAGGAUCCCAUUCCCAACAGACCCUUUUCAUAUGACAUAUUUUGCUUAAGAGGGUUUUGAGCUAUAAAUAGAUCAUGAUGGCAGAGUUGCCCACAUCUUGUUCUGAAAAUCUAUUAUCGGAUGACCAAUCUACUGAAAAGAAAAGACCUUUUGGGAAUCCUGAUACUUCAAAAAGAGACAGAGAAACUCAGCAGCAGAGAACUAUGGAGGUGGAGCAAGGGACGAUUUCAUCUAAACUGUGUAUCGAAAGCAAUGCUGAAAACUACUCACAAUUCUCCAAAAGUGACAAACGAACAGAAAAUUUAGUAGGUCAUGAUGGUACUCAGUCAAGUAAAAAGGGUCAUGAAUGUACCAUCUGUGGAAGAAUUUUAAGUCGAAAGGACCACUUAAAAGUACACAUGAAGAUACAUACUUCUGAUCGACCUCAUCAAUGUGAAAUGUGUGGGAAAAGGUUCAACCAUUUAUGUAGCAAACGUAGACACUUGAAGACACAUACAACUUAUAAGUGUGAGUUGUGUGGAAAGACAUUCAACAACUCACAAGACUUACAGAUACACAAAGAAACUCAUACUGGUGACAAACUUUGUGAAGUGUGUGGAAAGGCAUUUAAAAGAACAGAUGCCUUAUAUGCACAUAUGAGGGUCCACACCGGUGAUAAACCUUAUAAAUGUGAUGUGUGUGGAAAGGCCUCCAGUAAUUCAAGUAACUUUCUCAAACACAUGAGGAUACACACAGGUGAAAAGCCUUAUAAAUGUGAAGUGUGUGGAAAGGCUUUCUCUGAUUCAAGUUGCUUUCAGAGACACGUGAAAUCACAUACUAGCAAUAAAUCUUAUAGAUGUGAUGUGUGUGCGAAAGUGUUUUAUCAAUCAGAUAACUUACAGAUGCACAUGAUGGUGCAUACAAGUGAUAAUCCAAAAACACCUGAUGGGCGUGACUGGACAUUCACUCACGAGGGUGACUUAAAGAAACACAUUUUGAUACACAAUGGCGAGGAACCUUCUGGAAGGUCAUUGAUCCAUUCCGAACACUCAAAGAAUCACCGGAGGACACAUACAAGUGAUAAACCGUACAUGUGUGACGUGUGUGGGAAGGCUUUUGCUGUGGCGUUAAGCUUACAACGACACAAGAGGACCCAUACCGAUGAUAAACCUUUAUUUAUAUGUGAAGUGUGUGGAAAGGGAUUUUUUAAAUUAAGAACUUUAGAGAAACACAAGGAGAAACAUUCAAAUGAAAAGAAAAUUGACAUAAUUAUUCAAUAAAUUAUUUAACAUAUUAUUUUGUAUUGAUUAUGUUGAUAGUAAUGUACAUGUAUGUACUGUGAAAGUUAUUGUAUACAUGAAGGAUACUUAAACAUGGAGAAAUCAAAUGUUAAGCCACAUUGAGAAAUAUGAUCAUCAAUUAUAAUGUGAUGCAUUUCGGAUAUACUGUAUACAGAGUUAUUUUCGCCCUCUCACACUCGCAAACAAUUAAGCCCCAUUUUAAAUUC